UACUCGUCCUCGCUAGCAAAGCGGAGGGGCCUCUUGCGCUCCGUCCUCACCGAGGGACUGCGCGAAAUAACCAAAAAUCCUGCCGUGCGGAUGCGCUACAACGAACACGACUUCUGGUCGAACGUCGUGCGCCGGCUCGGCUACAAGCUCGUCGGCUGGCCCGAGUCGAUCCCGUUCACGAACCUCAGCAAUCUCAAGGGUGGGCGGCGCCCGAUCGAGGAGCUACUACACCUCUGGAACAACGGCACGCUCACCUUCGUUCCCAUCAACUCGCCGGCCGAGAUC